AUGCCGCGGAAUAUGAUGGAUAUGGAAACUAUGGAGUUAUACAAAAAAAUACCCGCAAGAAUAUAUAAAGAUAGUAGCUAUCUGUGUUCUAACUGUGAUUUUGAUUGUGAGGAAAUACAUGAUAGUGCGGCAGGUAAAAAGAAAAUGGAAAAUUAUGAGAGGCAUUGUCCUUCAUGUUAUUGUCCAUUUGACAGACGAAGACUUUCUCUAUCUGAUAGAUCAAGAACUUGGGGAAAUAUCACGGCUAUGCUAAAUCAGUACGAAGGUAUUUGCGCAAACCCAAAUAAUCUGUCAAUCAAGAAGUCGCAAAGUAGUCCUUUAUCGCAGAAAGUGUGCUGGAAUGAUUAUCAAAUGAGUACCCGUCUUCGUUAUCCGAAAAGAUUGCCGCAAAUUCGUCAGCCACGCAGGAGAGAUUACGAUAAGUAUUUUCCAAGUGUAUUUAGGGGGGACAUGGUGAACUCGGAUCUUGCCAAUGAAGAUGUCGAAAUAUGUUCCAAGUACGUAGAAUCAAUACCCACGAAGAGUACGCUAAAGAAGCAUAGUGAUUGCAGAAAAUUUGAGGUGGGGACGCCGGACGAGCAAGAAUAUUCCGAUACUGGCAAUGAAGUAUUAAUGAAUUACGCUCAAAAAGUUUAUCAGUUCAAUAAGUCAUACGCAUCGAAUUGCAAAUCGCGUUAUUGCAUUGGUAGAGACAGUAAAUAUGUCACGGAGACAAAAAUCGAAGGAGAUGCCGAUCGUCGGCAAAACGAACACGAUUACCAGAAAAAGAAGAAAGCUGAUCAAACGCUUGGAGAUUUUGAGAAACAAAAGUACCACAAAGCGCCCGUGAUCAUUGAGGACAAUGAGAAAAACCACAGACGGAAAUUCGAUGUCGAGAAAACGAUGAAACCGAAAAUUCCUGAUGACGACUCUCAUUGCACAACGAGCAAGUCAUUCGUGCCAGUCAAAGAAUCAAUUGAUAAAUCUGAUAUUGAUAAAGCAAGGGAAAUUAUAUCCGACGGACCUGCGCAUUUAGCAAAGCUGGAUCUUUAUAGCACAAAAAGUUAUAUUCUGGAAUCAAUCGAUCAUAUGCUCGGCACUAUGAGCAACGUGAAAAAUCUUGCGCUACAGCAAGAACAAACAGAUGGAAAAAUGAUCGAAAAGAUGACUCGUGAAUUUCAAGAGAAUGGAUGGCAAUUAUUGUUAAAUGCUUUGACAAUUCAUCAAAACUCGACGGAUUCUGAUAAGAGGACUGUUCGCUUAGAAUGUCUGAAUCAUAUUCAGCAGGAGCUCGUCAAACUCUAUGCUCUUGAGUCGAUUUUGGAUAAUUGUCCACCUGCGGCUAAACAACAAUCUUCGUCAAGUCACAAUAUACCAUGUAGCGAAGAACGGUAAUAAUCACACCAAUCACUAGAACAGAUCGCAAAUUCUUGAGCCUACAAGGAAUCUGCAAGUGUUUAUUUCACAUGUGCCUAAGUAGCGAAAUAAAUUUCG